AAACAAAAAUGAUGGAUAUCCUGUAACAUUUUACGCAUACAACACGGAAACGACGACAAAACGUUUCCUCCUCCAAAUCGAAAUCCAAUUAACGAUUUCAUAAACCAAUCAUUCAAUUCAUUAACCCUAAUUUCAAAAUCCAAUUCCCAAAUUUCAAAUCAUGCGAACCCACAAUGCUGUAGAGAUGGCAAAAACGGUGCUUGAAGUCGCCGACGUUGCAUGGACCGCCGUUGAAUACCACCACCACCACCAUCGUCACCAUGAUCCUGUCGUUACACACGACGAUAAAUACGACGAUAAAGAUAAUAAUUGCCCCUCCGACCAGGAUUUAGAAGCUCUUAAAUUGGAAAAUCGACGACUCAGGAAUUUGCUUGAUCAGAAUCUUAAGCUUCUCAAUAAUCUCUCUGAAUCAAAUUCAUUCCUCAGUAAUUGUCCUCCUGAUUUGCACGUGCGGUUAGCUGCUACCGUGAGGUCUGAUGAGUACUUGACUCGACUCAAGGUUCUACAAGAGGAAACUGCUAGUGGUGGAAAUCAAUUUCCUUUUAAGGAAGCUACUGAGGUUGAUUAUCAAUCCGCUGAUAUUUUAAUAAAUGUCGACUCGAAAGAACCCAGUUGGUGGGUUUGGGUUGCUGAUGAGACAGAUCCGAUUAAUUUUGAGGAAUGUAGUGGAAUUGACGAUGAAAGUUACUUGAUCAUCAGUGAGGAACAUGUUGUUGAUGGAGUUGCCAACUUUAUGGCAAGAUGCAUUAUGUCAAACCCAAAAGCCCGGAACAUGUCACCAGAGGAACUACAGAACAAUCUAUCAAAAGCAUUUGCUGGUACAAGCAAACUGGAAAAGGUUUUGGAUAUUUGGGCUGCUGGAAAGUUGUUUUAUGCACUGUCUACAUGGGGACUUGCUUUGGCUGGGCUGUACCAAACUCGUUCAUUGUUAAAAGUUGCGGCGAAGGGUGUUCAUUCAGGCGGUAAACUCGCUCUCAAGAUGAAGUCUCUAAAGAUGGCCGCUCCAUGAACAUAGCAAAUGUAUAAUGCAUGGAGCUUGCAGUGCCUUGUUUGAAGAAAGCAAUUUGUUAAUUAGUACUUCUUACAAGUCAUUGCUUUUGUAAAUAAUUUGUAAAUAACACUGUUCUUUGUUGCUACAAAUCCUACAUUGGAUUCCAAUUAUGUUGCUGCCUCGUUGGUAAAUUGUAUUAAAUAUUUAAUUCAUGAAUGAUUCAAUGCGCGUGUUUUGAUA